ACAGAACGAGAGAGAGAGAGAGAGAGAGAGGAAGGAAGGAAGGAAGGAAGGAAGGAGGAGAGAAGAAGAGAGAAGAAAGGCCGGACGGACGGGCUUUUGUCCUUCUUCUUCUCCUUCCAGGCCAGAAAAAGAAGAACAACAACAGGACUUGCGGUGCUUCUGCUUCUGCCUCCAGCAAAGCCCACCCGGGAAGACCCUCGACAUGCCGGACGGAAGCCGAGCAGGCGCAUGCUGACCCGCGGAGCCUGAGCCAUGCGGGACUCCGUUGCGCCGCCGCCGCCGCCGCCGCCCCCGCGCACCCGGGCCCCUUUGCGGAGAUCGCCAUGAGCAGCUGCCGCUACAACGGAGGGGUCGUGCGCCCGCUGAGCGGCCUGAGCGCCCCCGGCCCCCCCGCCGCCCCCCGCCGGCCCCAUGAGCCCCCGCCCGCAGCCCCCGCCCAACCCCCCCGCCUGGAGGUGGUGGUCUCCCCGGGGGCCCCCCGGGAGGAGGAGGAGGAGGAGGAGGAGGAGGAGGAGGAGCAGCACCACGAGCGGCAGCCCUGCGCCCAGGCCCCCGGGCGGCCCCCCAAGAAGAGCCAGAACGUGGGCUACCGGCUGGGGCACCGGAGGGCCCUCUUCGAGAAGCGCAAGCGCCUCAGCGACUACGCCCUCAUCUUCGGCAUGUUCGGCAUCGUGGUCAUGGUCACCGAGACCGAGCUCUCCUGGGGGGUCUACACCAAGGAGUCUUCCUAUUCCUUUGCCCUGAAAUGCCUUAUCAGCUUGUCCACCAUCAUCCUCUUGGGACUCAUCAUCAUGUACCACGCCCGGGAGAUACAGCUCUUCAUGGUGGACAACGGGGCGGACGACUGGCGCAUCGCCAUGACCUACGAGCGCAUCUUCUUCAUUGGCCUGGAGCUGCUGGUGUGCGCGGUGCACCCGGUGCCGGGCCAGUACUUCUUCACCUGGACGGCCCGCCUGGCCUUCAGCUACAGCACCUCCGAGGCCCAGACCGACGUGGACGUGGUGCUCUCCAUCCCCAUGUUCCUGCGCCUCUACCUGAUUGGGCGCGUCAUGCUCCUCCACAGCAAGCUCUUCACCGACGCCUCCUCCCGCAGCAUCGGCGCCCUCAACAAGAUCAACUUCAACACCCGCUUCGUCAUGAAGACCCUCAUGACCAUCUGCCCCGGGACCGUCCUCCUCGUCUUCAGCAUCUCCUCCUGGAUCAUCGCCGCAUGGACCGUCCGCGUCUGCGAGAGGUACCACGACAAGCAGGACGUGACGAGCAACUUCCUGGGGGCCAUGUGGCUGAUCUCCAUCACCUUCCUGUCCAUCGGCUACGGGGACAUGGUGCCCCACACCUACUGCGGGAAGGGCGUCUGCCUCCUCACCGGCAUCAUGGGGGCCGGCUGCACCGCCCUCGUGGUGGCCGUGGUGGCCCGGAAACUGGAGCUCACCAAGGCCGAGAAGCACGUGCACAACUUCAUGAUGGACACGCAACUCAGCAAGCGGGUGAAGAACUCUGCGGCCAACGUACUCAGGGAAACGUGGCUCAUCUACAAGCACACUAAGCUGGUGAAGAAGGUCGACCAUGCCAAAGUGCGGAAACACCAGCGUAAGUUCCUCCAAGCCAUCCAUCAGCUGCGCAGCGUGAAGAUGGAGCAGCGCAAGCUGAGCGACCAGGCCAACACCCUCGUGGACCUCUCCAAGACGCAGAACGUGAUGUACGACCUGGUGUCGGAGCUGCAGGAGCGCAACGAGGACCUGGAGAAGCGCAUCAGCGUCCUGGAAGGGAAGAUCGACCUGCUGGGACUCACCCUCCACACCCUGCCCGGCCUCGUCAGCCAGGCCCUGCAGCUGCAGCGCCAUUCCCACCACCCCCACGGCCCCCCUCCUCCUCCGUCCCGGCGGAAGUCCCCCUCCACGGCCCCGCACACGUCUUCCGACAGCGGGUGAGGCCUCGAACCCGUCCCCGUGACUCUCUUUCUAUGGCCAUUGUGUGGCCUGCCUGCCUGACGGGACCCUCGGCCGAGCGCCGAACCCAGGGCGACCGACAAGAGGAACAAUCUCUCUCUGCAAAAGCCAUUCUUUUCUAUUCCUUCCGAUCCUUAUCUAGACGUAUAUUAUCCAUAAUAGGAAAACUUUUUUUUUUGGGGGGGGGGGGGUCCUCGGGGUCCGGAGCGCAGAAGGUAAGUAUAUACACGUAUACAUAUAUAUAUAUAUAUAUACACA